AUGGGCCAACCCCUAUUGCUACCAGUGAUAAUCAACCCGUACUCCAGAAAUACAGAAGAAAUAGCAGAAAUUAAUUUAAAAGAUGAACCUCUUAAUGAAAUUCAUUUAAUUCAAGCGAGACAGAAUAAAAUAAAACCAAUAAUAUUGCACCACAUCAAAAACAAUUAUUCACUAAAUCCUUUAAAUAUUAUAAUGUAUUUAUUAUUAGGAACUGUCAUAGUUUAUGCCACCAUUAAAUUUAUUAGAGAUAAGAAAAAACCAAAUUUACCGACAUCCCAAGUUAAAAAAGAAGAAGCUAUAGAAGAAAGAUAA